GUAGUGUUACAGGCAUUCGUGAUUUUACAUUUUAAAUAGGUGUGUUGCAAAUUGUGCAAGGAAUCUUUCUUUGACCGUCAACUUCUUCUUCUCCUUCUCAUUUCUGUUUCACCCUCACCCUUUUCUUCAUUUGCUUCACCUAUCAACAUGGAAUCGGCUGUUGUAAGAGGAACACAAAUCUCUGCUUUCCUUCAACUCUUGUUGGACUGCGUUCACAAGUACUCGUGGGAAUACGCUGGUAUUAAUGUUAAACUUGUUAAGGAGUUAACCAAAGCUUUAUCUGCAAUCAGUCGAAUACUUGUUGAUGCAGAGGAUAAACAAAAUAUAUCUAAAUUAAUUCAGCUGUGGCUCUGGGACGUUGAAGAUACGGUCUAUGAUGUCGACGACAUCGUGGAUGAGAUUGCUACUGAUGCUGUGCGACGCGAGUUUGCAGCUAAAUCUCAGCAGCCUAUAACUUGGAAGCAGAUGCACAAAUUGAUUCUGACAGAAUCUACUCCCGCCCGGAUUGGUAGACAGAUGAAAAAAAUCAAAUCGGGUAGACAGAUGAAACUAAAAAUCAAAUCGGUUGUUGAAAGAUUAAAAGAACUUGAACGUAAAGCAAAUGCCCUUCAUCUUGAGAAAUAUAGCGAGAGGACUAGAGGUGCUGGAAGAAGUGAAACAUUUGAAAGAUUCCAUCCUACAAAAUCAUAUGUAGAUGAUUUCAUUGUAGGAAGAGACAAAGAUAAAGAAAAAAUUGUUAAAAUAUUGCUAUCAGAUGAUAUGGACAGUAGUGAUGGGAUAGCUGUGGUGUCCAUCGUCGGUCUGGGCGGAUCGGGUAAGACUACCCUUGCUCUGCUUGCAUUCAACGAUGAAAGAGUGGAUUCUCAAUUCGACGCCAGAGCCUGGGUUUAUGUUGGUGAAGGCUUCGAUAUUUGCAGGAUCACGAAUUCAAUUCUUGUUGCUGUAGAUGGGCAGAUGUCCGAGAUCGACGAUUUAAGUCUACUUCAGGGUAGACUGGAAGACUGCUUGGUGGGGAAGAGAUUUCUAAUUGUCUUGGAUGACGUUUGGUCCGAAGAUGAUCUGAAAUGGAGCAGGUUUCGAGAAUCUUUAAAAGCUGGAGCAAAGGGAAGUAGGAUUAUUUUAACUACACGCUCGAAGAGAGUCUCGGAAAUUGUGUCCACCGCGCCCUCUUAUUAUCUACACAUGUUAAGCAGCGAAGAUUGCUGGUCCUUGUUCGCAAAGCAUGCAUUUGGAGAUGAAAGUCCAAGUUCACGUCCAGAUCUAGUCGCUGUUGGUAAAGAAAUUGCCAGAAAGUGCAGUGGCCUGCCUUUGGCCGCAAAAGCACUUGGCGGUCUCUUGAGGUUGACAGCUGUUGAAGAAUGGGAGGCCGUCUUGAAUGAUAGUGUGUGGAAUAUGGGAAUUGAAGCUUCAGGCCUUCUUCAGUCUCUCUGUCUGAGCUAUUCUCACCUCCCUGAAAAUCUGAAGCGAUGCUUUUCCUACUGUUCACUAUUUCCGAUGGAUUAUGAGUUUGAAAAGGAAAAACUUAUCCGCAUGUGGGUGGCAGAGGGUUUCCUGCAACAGGCUAAGGGUAAAACAGAAGAAGAUGCAGGUGACAACUAUUUCCUUGAUCUACUUCGGAUGUCAUUUUUCCAACGCUCAUUCACCAAUAAAUCAUGUUUUGUGAUGCAUGAUCUUGUUAGUGAUUUAGCACUGUCUGUAUCCAAUGCUGUUUAUUUCGUAUUUAAAGAUGAUAGCACGUACAACUUGUGUCUGCCCGAAAGGGUUCGCCAUGUGUCAUACAGUACAGGCAAGCAUGACUCAUCCAAUGAAGAUUUCAAGGGUGUUCUUCUGAAAUCCGAGCGCUUGAGGACUUUACUUUCAAUUAAUUCGUCUUCAGAUCGCAAAUUGCAUCACCUAAGCAAUGGUGUGUUGCAUGAUUUGCUGGUGAAGUGCCCUCGCUUGCGAGUGUUGUCCUUACCAUUCUAUGGUAUUACUGAAAUGCCCGAGUCAAUAGGCAAGUUAAAACACCUACGUUACCUAGACCUGUCUGACACCGCACUAAAGAGUUUGCCUCAAUCAGUAACUUCCCUGUUCAAUUUGCAAACCUUGGAUUUAUCCCACUGUCAGUUUCUCAGUAAAUUGCCAGAAGACAUGUGGAAGCUUGUUAAUUUGCUUCAUCUUCUCAUCAGUGAAAGUGGUGUGCAAAAGAUGCCCUUAAGAAUGAGUAGUUUAACGAAUCUGCGAACCCUAUCUAACUUUGUUUUGAGCAAAGGGGGCUCUAAAAUUGAGGAGUUAUCAGGGCUCUCUGAUCUUCGUGGAGCGCUAUCCAUUUCCAAGUUGGAGAACUUGCGUUCUGAUGAAAAUGUGCUUGAUUUCAAAUUGAAAGGAUUGAGGUACAUUGAUGAGCUAGUGUUGAAAUGGAGCGGUGAGAGCGAAGAUCCAGAACGGGAUGAAAAUGUACUUGAAAGCUUGGUGCCUUCAACAGAGGUGAAAAGACUUGUCAUUGAAUCUUAUAGUGGGAAAAGAUUUCCAUAUUGGUUGGGGUUCUCUUCGUUUUCAAAAAAAGAGUUUCUGUGUCUAAGAAACUGCAGAAAUUGCUUGCUUUUGCCACCAAUAGGACGGCUGCCAUCUCUUGAAGUCUUUGAAAUCGAAGGGCUUGAUAGAAUCACAAGAAUGGGCCCAGAGAUCUAUGAGAUGAAUUCUUCUCUAAGAAAGCCAUUUCAGUCUUUGAAGAUUCUGAAGUUUGACAGGAUGUUGAAGUGGGAGGAAUGGAAAACUCUAGAAACUGAAGAUGGAGGAUUCUCUUCUCUUCAAGAGCUUCAUAUAAACAACUGUCCUCAUCUGAAGGGUGAUCUACCCAAGCGCCUUCCUUCUCUAAAAAAACUGGUGAUGUCUGGAUGUUGGAAACUUGUUCAGUCACUGCAUCUUCCGGUGACUUCAGCUCGAUGCAUUAUCUUGAUAGAUUGCAAGAAGGUAAAGCCAAAAUGUGAAGAUGAAGAUGCCUUGCCAGUCACCUCAGAUGCAUAUGAGAUUUCAAGCCUCAAACAUGAAUCUUCUCAUCAGACUGCCUUGGGUAGCAGUAUGAAAGAUAUUACUCCAGGAUCCUCACCGAAAAAGACAAGAAUCAUAGAGAUUACAGAACAAGCUGGUGAAUGCAACUCUUGCUCCUGGAGUUCAAAAUCUUCUGAUGUUGCAGCAAUGGGGAAUUUGCCACAUAUGACUGAGAUACCAAGCCUCUCACAAGAAGUUGCUUCUCAGACAGAUUUGGAUAGUGCCAUACAUAAUGUUGCCUCACAAUCUGCUCUGGACAUGAGUAGAACCACAAUAACUGCACAUGAAGUUGAGAAUCAAGCCAAGGCAAUUGACUCUUUCCCUCGAAGUUCAAAAAAUUCUCAUUACUUGGAGUUGGAGGGCUCACCAUUUGCUAUUGAAACUUUGGCGCUCCCGCAAGAAGAUGCUUCUAAGCUCACGUUAGCCAGCACUUCAAAUGAUCCUGAAGCUUCUAAGACCACCUUGACGGGCACUUCACAUGAUAUUAAAAUUUCAAUCCUCCCGCAGGCAGUUGCCUCUCAGACCACCUUGCCCAGCACUUCACAUGAUGUUGAUGCAGAGUCUUCUCCGCAGAAGACCAGAACCACAGGCAUUACUCAUGAAAGUGAUGACGAGGCUGAACCAGUCUUCUGCCAGGAUGAAAUGCAGUACCAGUACUCUUCCUCUGGGAUCUUGACAGUUUCAGACAUAGCACAAGUGGGGAAAUUGUCAACUGACUUUCACAGCCUCAGAAUUGAAGGAUGCGAUAAUUUGGAGUCCUUGCCUCUUACAAUUCUUAGCAUAAACCCUUCUAUUCUUCAUUUGUAUGCCAUUGAUUGUGGUUUUUCUUUCAUCUCUUUUUGUAAAGGCGCUCGCUCUACUUCCUUGAAGACACUGCAUAUACAAAACUGCACGAAAUUGAAGUUUCCUUCAACUGCAGAAAUGAUGCGUCAAUGUGCAGACUUGGAGCAUUUGCGCAUAGGAAGCAGUUGUGAAUCUCUUGAGUCCUUCCCCUUAAACUUAUUCCCAAAGCUUGCGAUUCUCUGUCUUUGGGACUGCAUGAAUCUCAACUCCCUCUCAAUUGAUAAGGGACUGGCUCAUAAGAAUUUGGAGGCGCUUGAAUCCUUGGAAAUCAGGGAUUGUCCUAAUCUGAGAUCUUUCCCAGAGGAGGGAUUUUCUGCCCCGCACCUGACAUCAGUUAUCAUUUCUAAUUGCAGUAAACUCCAGUCUCUGCCCAGCUAUAUGCACGGCCUAAAAUCUCUUCAGUCGUUAUUUAUAAGCAAAUGUCAAGAACUUAAAUCACUUCCAACAGACGGCUUGCCUGAGAGCUUAAAUUUACUUUGCAUCACAUCUUGUGACAAUAUCACUCCCAAGAUAGAAUGGAAGUUAAAUGGGCUCCAUGCUCUAGUUCAUUUCGAAAUUGAGGGUGGAUGUAAAGAUAUUGAUUCAUUUCCUAAGGAGGGGCUGCUUCCGAAGAGUCUUAUUCAACUUCGCAUCAGCAGGCUGCCGGAUCUCAAGUCUCUGGACAAAAAGGGCCUUCAACAACUCACCUCUCUCGAGAAGCUGGAAAUUAAUUGCUGCAGAAGGGUCCGUCACUUGCCAGAGGAACUGCCUUCCUCCUUGUCUUUUCUAAGUAUCAAGGAGUGUCCUCCUCUGAAAGCUAAAAUCCAAAAGAAGCAUGGAAAAGAUUGGUCCAUAAUUGCUGAUAUUCCUACCAUAUUUGUUGAUGAUGUAGAAUUUCAUUAGAAACAAAAGGAGAGCUGAUAAACUCAUAUACCUGAAUUUUCUCAUGUCAAAGAUUUCACAGUGUGGCAGGAUACCACUUGAAGAACUUAUAUAUGUAGCUAUUGACCUUCAUUUGUUCUUGCUCGUAAGCUACUAGAAUUAACCUAAAUAAAUCAAUGGAAUAUCUGCCCAUAAGCUGUCUACUGAAUGUCAGUUUAGUUCUUGCAAGACAAUGGCAAUAAUGACUAUUUGAUAUAAUGAGCUUGCCCGAGUUCCAACAUGAAGGCUUGUAUAUACAUCUCCUUCACUCCUAUCAUUCAACAAUGAAACUUAGAUGAUGACAGCCUUUCAGCCUUCUCGUACACUUUGUAAUUGGUCACCAAGAGCUCUCCCAGAAGUACAGUACAUUUAAAUUUGGAGUUUUCUUUCCUUAAGAAACAUAGAACCAGUAAAGAAAAUUACUAACCAGCAGCUGUUAUGAGGACUGCAAACAGAUUGGCCUGCAGAACAUAAAGUACCAGUUUCUUUUCUUAUGGGUUCUGUUUCUCCAACUGUAAUUUUCAUUUAUUUCAAGUCUUCUGAUCGAUCUUGACCAUAUGGUCAAAUGAAAGAGACUGAGUAAAUUUCUCCUCUUCGUCUGAUCUAUUUUGGCCAUGCUAAUGCUCCUUUACUAAUCUCUUUACGAGUGGAAACAUUGUCUAAUGUUGGCUCUCUACUAGAAGCUAGUCGAGUCUUCUUUGGAGACUGCUAGAUGUUUUUUUUGCUUUGUUGGAAAUAUGAAAUCCUGGUGUUUUGAUCUGCUAGUUGCCUAUGUGUAUCUCCUUAACUUGGGGAGAUUUGUCUAACAGAAAUGAAAUGUGUUGAGCAGAAGUCCAAUUUCUCUAUUUAAUCUGCUUCUAUAUAAGGCAGCCUAAUGUAAAUGAAUAAUGAAAGUGCUAUUCUGAAUAA